CAGUCAGCUGACUGUGAGACGCCAUAAAGGCAUCACGCCUCUCCGCCGCCUGCAUUGCAGUGAUCACAUCUCCCCGAGUCAUCUUCAACCCGCGGAGCGACAGAAACACCCGAGAAACAGCGCAGUCAUGCUGCCUCUAACGCUGCUGUUCGUGGCCACAGUUGCAGCAACACCUCUGCUGGGCACUGAGCAGUGUGCCCGUGGCCCCCCCUACUGGUGUCAGAAUAUAAAGACGGCGUCUUUGUGUGGAGCUGUGACUCACUGCCAGCAGAACGUGUGGAACAAGCCUCAGUUGAAAACGGUGCCAUGUGACUUGUGUAAAGAGGUAUUGAUAGUGGUGGAGCAGGUACUGAAGGACAAUGGCACUGAGACUGAGGUCCUUGAGUACCUAGAGAAGGCCUGCCAGCUCAUCCCUGAUCAAAAAAUGGCCGCUGAGUGCAAGGAGAUGUUGGAUGACUAUUAUCCCAUCAUCAUUGGAAUUCUUACUGGAGAACUGGAGGAUCCCAACGUCGUGUGUGCUCUCAUCGGGCUGUGUCAGUCUCAGCAGGCAGCUCUGGCGAAGGUUGAGGCCCAGCAGCAGCUUGCGUCCAAUGAAAUCCCUCAGAUCGACCUUGCCCAGCCAGUGGUUCCUUUCCUCCUCAAUGUGCCCGGGCUCCUCUAUCCUCAGGAGAGUCCCAAGCAGGAGGUGGUCAAAGAGGAUACAAAAGAGAACAACGAUCAGGUGUGCCAAGACUGCAUCAAGUUCCUGACUGAUGCUCAAGCCGAGGCCAAGGCCAACUCCUCUUUUACAGACAGUCUCAUUGAGAAUAUUGAGAACCAAUGUGACCUGCUGGGGCCAGGCAUCUCUGAAAUAUGCAAGCAGUAUGUCUCCAAUUAUGGCCCCCUUGUUGUUGAGCAGCUCAUGUCCAUGGAACAGCAACCCAAGGAUAUCUGCGUCCACGCUGGCUUCUGUACUGCUGCUCUGAAGAAGUCUUUUCCCAUGCUGAAGCUUCAGGCAGCCAAGACUGUGUCCACGGCCAAGACAGUUCCUGCUCUCAAGAUGGUCCCCGCCACAAAGAUGGAGUCUGCUAAGUCUCCAAUGGUGCGUGUCAAGGAAUCCCCAACAUGUGCCAUCUGUGAGUUUGUGAUGAAGCAGCUGGAGGAAAUGUUGCAGGAUCAGAAAACAGAGGAGGAGGUGCUUCAGGCUGUGGAGAAGGUGUGCACAAUACUGCCCUCCACUCUGACUGCCCAGUGUAAGGACCUGAUCGAGACCUACGGCCAGGCCAUCAUUGAGCUGCUGGUGCAGCAGGCUGACCCCAAGACUGUCUGCACAGUGCUGGCUCUCUGCAAUGAUGCCAGCCGUGCAUAUGUCCCUGCACUUGACCAGAUUCGCUUCAAGGCAGGAGGCUACUGCAAGGUGUGCGAGACGGCCAUUACCUACAUCGAUAAGAUUCUGGAGAAGAACGCUACAGAGGAACAGAUAAAGGAGGCAGUGAGGAAAGUGUGCAGCUUCCUGCCUGACUCUUUCAAGACUGAGUGUGACCAGAUGAUUGUACAGUAUGAGCCAAUGCUUGUCCAGCUGCUGCUCCAGAUGCUUGACCCAGAGUUUGUUUGCAUGAAACUAGGAGCCUGUCCUGAAGCUGUGCACAGGCUGCUGGGAACAGAGCAGUGCAGCUGGGGACCUGCAUUCUGGUGCAAAAACAUGGAGACAGCAUCUCGGUGCAAUGCUGUGGCUCACUGCAAACGUCAUGUGUGGGUAUAGAGGAAGAAGCACAGAUUCAUCUGUAGGGAAUUGAAAAGAAACAAUAUGGUAGUGCUGCUUCCCAGUUUUAAUUUUUGUCCCAUUACUUUUUUAACAGACUUAAAUGACUUCUGUUUCAACUUAACUUUGAUAUUUUCAAUGAUGUCAUGGAGGAAAGGGACUGGACCUUUUUUUUUUUUUUUUCGGGGUGGGGGACAGGGAAGGAGUGAUUUGUGUAUAAUGGCCUGCAGCUCAAGCCUGUCAUUGCCUCACUGAGCACAUUUAAGUUGUUAUAUUUCCCUACAUUGCUUGUUUGUUUUUGUAGUUUUUUCAAGUGUUGUAUAAUGUUGACGACGCAUCAGAUGGCUGCCGUCCUGCUCGUCUUCCGACCCCCAUUCUGAUUCUUUGCCCUGGUGAAACCACUCACUGCAAAUAGGAGAGAUGGCUCAGUGUGUUAAUGACUGGCAUUACUUUAAGUAGGAUGUCUGAUCUUUGAAACAAAUUUCUAUUUCGUAGACAAAAUAGGUUAGAUUUUGUUUAAAGGAGCUGAGGUGGAGGUGAUAAGUCUGAGAUUGUGCCUCCCAUUGUUUGCACUCUUCCUACUGUUUGUAAAUCACUGCAUCUCUAACGUACAAAACAUCUGAAAUUUGAUUUGUCUGCUUUAAACCCUGAGCACACUGUCAAUUGAUCUGUACAUUUUAACAAUUAAAAUGAUCCCAAUAAA